UUAGGGGACAUAUUAACCGUAUGAGCACUCUAUCGAGUGCACUAAAUGUGGAGUGGCGGUUUAUUGGGACCGAGCCGCGAGUUUGCGUUCCCUCCCUCCCUCAGACGCAGGCGCGCGCACCCGGAGCAGAGAGGCGCGGCGGUGUUUAUGGUGCAGCGUCAGUGACUUUAACGGUCAGUCAGCGCCGGAUUGAUUUCCGCCAUGGCGGCGAGUGUGAAGCGCAAACAGGAAGAGAAGCACCUGCAGCUGCUGCGCGAGAUGACCAGCCGGCCCGCCAACCGGAAAUGCUUCGACUGUGAGCAGCGGGGCCCGACCUACGCCAACAUGACCGUGGGCUCCUUCGUCUGCACCACCUGCUCCGGCAUCCUACGGGGCCUGAACCCUCCACACAGAGUGAAGUCCAUCUCCAUGACAACAUUCACGCAGCAGGAGAUCGAGUUCCUACAGAAACACAGCAAUGAGGUGUGUAAGCACAUCUGGCUGGGGCUGUAUGAUGAUCGCAGUUCUGCAGUGCCGGAUUUUCGAGAGCCUCAGAAAGUGAAAGAGUUUCUCCAGGAGAAAUACGAGAAGAAACGAUGGUAUGUUCCUCCAGAGGAGGCGAAGAUGUUGGCAUCUGUCCAGGUUCCUCACUCAGGAUCUUCAGCGAGCACCAGCAGCACUCCUGAAGUUCAACCACUCAAAACACUGCAACUCAACAAAACUCCAUCCAGCCAGUCCCCAGUGAUCAGUCGUUCUCAGCCUCAGGAGAAGAAGUUUGAUCUGUUGUCUGAUCUGGGUGGCGAUAUUUUCGCAGCUCCUCCGUCUCACAGCGCUGGCCAGACAAACUUUGCCAACUUUGCACGUUUCAGCAAGCCGUCAGCUCCGAACACUUCAGUCACACAUUUUGGCAAGUUUGAUUCGUUUGGGAACUCCAGUGUGUCACAUUUUGCCCCAUCACCUCACACACAGCCACCAAAAACAGGAGGGGGCGUGUCAGCUCCACCCUUGCCCAGUGUUUCAGCUGAGGAUCGAUACGCCGCUCUGGCAGAACUGGACAGCGCUCUGAGCUCUACUUCACAAGGCAGUAUGUUUGAUGCUGUUCCCGGCUCUGCAGCAGCUCCGACCCCGCCUGUGAUUCCCAGCAUGCAGCAGGGUUUUACAGCUUCCACAAAUCCGUUUGUCGCUGCGGCGAUUCCUCCGGAGUCGAUGUGCACGAAUCCGUUCCAGACCAACAACAGAUCAUCAGCUUCAGGCUCCAUGAGCAUGCCGGCCGGGUUCGGGAACGCCUCCAGUUUCUGCCUGCCCACCAGUUUUAGUGGGAGUUUCCCGCAGCAGUUUCCCCCGGCGCCGUACCACCAGCAGCCCAACGGUGGGUUUCCUGUUUACGCUCAGAAACCUCCACUGAGCUACGGCCAGCCUGCCGUCUCCAGCAACCCCUUUAUGGGUGGCGCUCCAGCUGGUCCGUACCCCACCGGGGGAUCUUCCACUAAUCCGUUCCUGUAAAUCACAGAGCUACGCACACCCCACACGCACACCCCACACACACACUCUUACACUUUAUAUUCACUGCACUGACACUUGUCGAGAAAGGCGUGUUCUGAGGGUGGGCGAGGGGUGGAUUGCGAGCGGUGUUGGAACACAGCUGUGCAGAAGAGACGCAGCAGACGGUCUUCCUACAAACCCCACUCAGCUCCCGUCACGCUACACAUCAGCAGCUCAUCCUAUUUAUGGCUUUCAUUCAGUAAUUAAUGAUCAUGUCUUAGACCUAGCCGUUCAGUGCUUACAGCUAUUUGUAAUCCUUUAAAAAAAAAAGCGUUAUUUAUGAUUAAAAACAAAAAAAGCUGAUUUGAAGCAGUAGUUUGGCCAAACAAUAAAACCUUCCACAUCGUCCCUGUGUCACUCCGAGAGCAGCCCAGUCGUUUUUGCGGUGUGAGGUUUGCAUCUUCUGGGGUUUCACAUCGGAGCUGCAGCGCGGUUCGCCGCUCACCCGAGGGUUCAAGCGCUCACUUUAACAUCGCUCUGGUGUGUUUCCUGUCUCUGUGUGACACAAUUCUCUAUAAACACAGACAAAAACGGGGUGAAAUCAUAGAGAAGAAAAAACCCAGCGUCAUCAAAAAUAACUUCUUCUUCCGAUUCAGAUGGGGGUGUGGCCUGAAAGGCAACAGGUGGAGCUUGUGUGAGAUGUGAUUACAGGAUAAAAACAUUUUGAUUUGUGUUUUAUAUAAAUAAUAAAAUUAUAAACCAACCAAAUAAAUAAACCCAAACCCCCAGCCUCGUCCCUCCAGUGGGAAAGGGACGGUGUGGAGUUCAUCUUUGGCUGAAGUGCUGCUUUAUGGAGGACAUAUUUCAGAAAAGGGGGAAAAUGCAUCAUCUGAAAGGUGUUUAAUCCACUAGUCAGGGAAGAAGGUUUAUAAUGAAUAGAAUCUCAACACUAAGCAGGUGGAGAGGAAAAGAAACGGACGUGACGGAGCACAGAGACGGAGUUUGGAGCUGCAGGAGCUUCCUGUGUGAUCUGAGCUCACCGACCAGAGACGUGUGUGUAUAUAAAUAUAAAUACAUGUAUAAUUAUUAUAUUAAAGAUUUUUAACUACUC